UUAGUUUUUGCCGAAUAUACUAUCAUUUUAUUUGCAUUUGAGGUUAAUUCAUAACCUCUAUUAGAAAGCUUGUGGAUGGUGUAAGUGUUGUAAGCAGGGAAUGUAAGUGUGUAAACUGAACCCCACUAAUGAGGACUGUCCUGUCAUCUACUGUACCUGUAACUCCAUAAGCCAAUUUUAAGAGUGAGAUAGGAGAGUUUAAAACUUGUAUUAAGAAUCAUUACCAACCUGGAAGCCUUCUUGUUUUGCGUACGACUCAGAAUGUUCAUUCUUCCCGUUAUUAGUUCGCAUGGAAAUUCCUCUCGAGAAUAUACAUGGCUUGUCCGUAAACUACCAUGGCUGAAUGCCAAUCUGAGCCACCAUCAAUAUCCGUGCCGACAACUUCUUCUGAUGCUGUGAACCAGAGUGCAGAAGUUAUUUGCGGUGUUAAUGAAGAUUGCAUUGUUUUAGUUAACUCUGACGGGGAAGAAACAGAUUCUGCUGAUUCAGGAGAUCAUCAAGCAGCACCAGGAGAUCUAGCAAGAGCCGUAAUGGAGUCUGUACCGUUCACCGAUAGUCUACAGUGUCUAGCAACUAUUUCCUCUCUUAGUAAUGGUAUUGAUGUUGCCACCUCUGAAAACAAAUCUCCAACCAGUGUUAAAAAGACUAAAGCCCCCUUACCCUCCAUAACAUUAACUGAUAAAGUUACAAUGGAAAAUAUUCAAGAUUAUGUCGAAGUGCAAGAAGUUGUUGAAGAAGAAGUUAUCACAGAUGCAUGGGCUGAGUCAGCAAACACUCAAGAACAACAAAGUAUAAUCGAGGAAAAAGUGGGGACUGAAGAAUCAAAUGAUGUUGAAAUUCCUCUACCUCAAGACCAGGAGCAAUACGUGCAAGUGAAUCCGUACCCGUGCGAUUUUUGCAGUCGUCGUUUCAAUAAAAAAUCUCAUCUCAUAAAUCAUAUGGUCACUCAUCAAACGGAGCGUCCACAUGGGUGUAAUCUAUGUGGUGCCCGUUACAGACGGAAGUGUGACCUUGUAAAUCAUAUGAAAAUACAUGCGUACGCUCCGUCACGGGCUCCUACAGAAGAUGAGAAUAACGGGGAAAUAUCGCUGCCGGAGGUGGAAGAUGUUGCCGACCCUUUGGCACCGACUGAAAAUCUAGAAGUGAAAUCAGUUGAACCAGAGUUUCCUGAAAUCAGCAUCAUGAGUCCCCCAAAGGUCCCCAAGAGAGGUAAAAAGGCAACGUCUAAAGCAGACGUCUCGAAAUUAAUGAGCGCUAAGAACAGAGCGAACAUGAACCAACCUCGGAAAUGGCCGGUCAUUGAUCAAGAGAGACCCUAUGUUUGCCAGCACUGUGGUAUUGGAUUCGCCAGAGAAAAAGCUCUUGCCUCUCAUUCACGGAUACACGCUGGUGACUCCCCACUGGAGUGCGAUAUGUGCGGUGAAAUGUUCUGGGACUUGAAUCUGCUGAGAGAGCAUUCCCGUACAAAGCAUCCUUACAAUCAGGAACCAGCGCCCAAAGUAGCUGAGGAUGAAGGCAACCCGGAGGUAGAUGCUGCUGGUGACUUUAAUUGUGAAGUUUGCGGAGUUUCAUUUCAUCGUUAUGAUAUGCUGCGCAGGCAUCGAAAGGUACACGCUACAAAAGUUGAAGUUGAUAUCUCUCAGGAUGAUGUGGGCCACACUUGUUCCUCAUGCGGGUUAUACUUUGAAAAUCUUGACGAGUUGAAAAUUCACAUGGAGUCUCACACUCGUUUUCAACAGCAUCAAUGCAUGACCUGCGGUGAAAGAUUUGCAAGCAGCGAGGCCGUGGCAGAACAUGUGCUUGAACGUCACUCUGAUACAAUCAAUGAAAAUACAUGCCCUCAAUGUGGGAAACAAUGUAAAGAUAAGAAAAGCUUACAAAAACACUCAUGGGUCCAUUCUGAAGGUGACGAAGGCUUUCCGUGUACUCUGUGUGAAAAGAAGUUUCACUCAAGAGCUCGCCUCAGGAGGCACAUGUCCUCUCAUCGUGAUCGUGUUGUAGCUUGCGAAGAAUGCGGAGAAGAUUUUCCGGAUGGUCGUGCUUUGAUCUCACACAGGUCCAUCCAUAGCAUUUUCAGUGGAGGUAGGGAGCACACAGGUCGGGUGUUUCCAUGUCUUGAUUGUGGGAAAACAUUCGGGUCCCGAUCAUCACAACAAAUUCAUGUCAGAAUCCACACCGGGGAGCGGCCAUAUGGUUGUCGCUAUUGUUGGAAAGCCUUCGCUGAUGGUGGUACUCUGAGGAAGCAUGAACGCAUCCAUACUGGUGAAAAACCGUAUGUCUGCCCUGUUUGCCCAAAAGCCUUCAACCAAAGAGUUGUGUUGCGUGAACAUAUUCGAGCUCAUCAUUCAGGUGCUGAGGCAAAAGUGAACUCGUGUUACGAGUGCAAAGUUUGCGGUUAUUUGUUCGGCUCAUCUGUUGAACUGUGCCACCAUCUUGUCCAGCAUAGCGAUGAAAACACAGCAAAACAUCGUUUGCCUGCAGUGGGACCUCGUAAGUACAAGCGGCGACGAAAACUACUCCCAGGAGAAGGUGACGGCUUCCCCGAUACCUCUGAAUCCGAAUCUGACUCUAUAAUCUCCGAACGCAAGAAGCGAUAUGGGGAAACAUCAAAAAAUAAUCUUGACUCAGUCGUAAAAGCUUGUGAGAAUGCUCUCGGCAGUUUGAAUGCCAUUGUUACUCCAGUCGAACCAAAAAAACCAAAAUUGGAAAAGAACCCUGUAAAAUCAGCAAAACUUAUGAAAGGGAAGUUAGCCAAAACUGAAAAGCGCGCAAAAGCAGCUAAACUGCUAAACAAUACAAGUUAUGCAUCUAAAUAUGUUGUAACUAGAUCACCAGCGCCGAAAAAUUUUGACGAUGAAAACGAAGAGCCUAGUUUAAAUGCUAUGUUAAGUUUAACAGAUGGGUCUUUAGAUUUUGCAAGGAAUAGACCGAGGACCAAAAACGUGAAUUAUCACAACAUGAAAACUGGGUCAAAAUUUGAACUGGCAACUUUUCCACUGGAUCCUGGUGCCUCCACCAGUGCAACCAAGGUAGAAGUAGUCCGCAAACCUCGAGGAGGGAAAAGGAAUAGCACAAGGGGUAGAGGGCGAGGCAGUCAUAAUAUGAGCUUGGUCAACGGCAGCAGAUUGGAAACCACAAAUAAUAGUCAUGACAUGUCCAACCCACUAAUCCAUGGUCUUAAAAACGAAUAUUUUGAGAAAGAGGAUCCUUCCUCUGGGAUCCUUGAUUCAGAAACCAUUGCCGAAGAAGUUGUUGCUGAUGAGAUAGCAACAGAAGAGUGUGUCAUUGAAACCGAGGCGGUGGUUCACACGGAUAACAUGAACGAAAUACCGUUCAUCGACAAUAAUAUUAAUGAGGAGGAGAAGGUGCCUGAUCCGGUAGAGUUUCAUAACAUUAAAACGGAAGUCUACCCGAGCAAUGUCUGUGAAACUGUUUGUGAAACAGUCAGCGAAUUCGUCACUUGCUCCAUUUGCAAUGAGGUUUUUACGGACAGAGAGUCGCUUCUGCAGCAUAUUCAAAUUCAUAUAUCGUAGGUGUCAAUUUGCACCAUUUUAACUUUGUUUCAUUUCCAUUCAUCCACUACAUCAAUCGCUACAUUUUGGAGAGUUUAUCAAUUUGCUACUUAUUCAAGUUGGAUCAUUUUACAAUUAUAUUUUGCUAUGAUUCUAAGUGCAAUAGCACUGACAGAAGCAACCAAAAGACAUAUCCUGAGUGUUACAAUCCUUCGACUUUUCCAAUCUUUCAUCUCAUCCGGUUUGAGAUGGAAUUUUUUUCCUCAUUUCUCGCCAUCUUAGUGAUUGUUUUCCAUGACCAAUUAUUUACCGGAGACAAUUUUACCUAAGUAUGAGAAAUACUUAAAAUUAAAAAUAGUAUUUUUAACGCUUGCUUGAGGCUUUGCUGGGGUUUUCAACACGAGAGAUGCUUUAGUGCGGCAAAAGAAUGUCUUAAACUUAUCGCCUAAUAAGGUAGAAAGCAACCAAGAUCUCCAAUCGUGUACUUUCUCAGAAUGUUUUUCUAGAAGUCUGGUUUUUCCUUUGUUUAGGUUCUGCUGUUCGGAAAUGCCCAUGAAAAUUUAAAAUUAUUGACCCCCAAUUAUUAAUGAUUUUGAAUCUACUGAAAGCAGAAAGAGCUGAAAUUCAUUUAGCCUGAGAACUUACCAUUCCGUCAAUCAUCUUUGCGAGAUCAAUUAAGUUCAUGAAGAGCGAGUGAAUGAAAAUGCAUGAAUGUCAAGUUUUUGACUGCUCGCCGUCUGUGAAAAAAGCAUGUGAAUACGUUAACAUUCUUAGUGAUUUUUAACUUUUCAACCCAAAAAAUUGUCAAAUCCUUUGUGGCAUCUCUUUACCAAUGCUUGCAAAAUAUUGCAGUGUUUAGUUUGUAGUGUAUUGCCCCUCCCCCCCCCCACUCUUUUGACAUCUUUCGCAAAUGAGAAGAAUAAAAUCUCUUGCAACAUGUAAAAUAAAUUCUUACAAAAUCUAUGCUAAGCCAAUUUUAUAUUUUUGACCUCUUUCAUGCCAUCAGGAUUUGCAAUUUGAGUACUUUUCGUAAGUGAAAUUUUUCGAAAAACACUGUUGCCGCUGGUUACUCGGAAACGAAUUUCCAAUCUCAAAAAACGCUCUCAAAGUUGAGGCUGUAAUGAAGGGAUUGUCCAUGUUUUUUUUUCAGAGGAACACCUAUAUUCAGUCACAUUGUCCAUGCAUAAACGAAUAUAUUGACAGGGUUGCUACUUUGUACAGGGACUAUAUGAAGGCUGCAGCCAGAGUAACCCUGCACAAAGUGACAACCCUGUCAAUAUACUUGUUCCCUAUCUCUGCGUGGAGAAUUUGACUGGACAUAGAGUUGAACUCUCACCGUGAUGUAGGUGAUCUCCUCCACUACAACCUCAACUUGGAGAGCUUCUUUUGAGCUGAGAAGUUUGUUUUAGAGAAAACUAGUGGUUUCGUCCCAUUCUUCGUAAAAUUUUGCACAAAAAGAAUUCCUGAAAUCGCAAAUCCCUGUAACAUGCAAGAGCUCUGUUCUCAAAAUUUCCCCUUUAGAAGUUCCUCUUGUAGGUAAAUUUUCCAUGAGUAUUUGGUUCUGUCAGUUGAUGCUGCCUUAUCUGUCACAUUAUCAGUGAGUUCAAGUAUUUCAAACCCUGUAUCAUUUCUUGUCAAACAUUAGUGUCAAAAUAAGUUUGUAUUUUUAGAGGUAUUUUUGAUAAUCUGUCUUGUAAAAAAAUAUCUUCAUGAGUGUUUAUUUGUGUGAGUCGACUCACAUGGAAAGGUACAACUUUCAACAAGAGAAUGUAUUCAACUAAAUGGAUCUCUCUUUUUGGAUUCCUUCUCCUGUGUUCCAAAAAGUGUAUAACAAUUUUGUAUAUUGAAUGGCUUUCCAAUUCGACAUUCAUUUUUAUUUUGAAUUUUGAUUCAAAUUCUUCUAAAUUUUUCAUUUAAUCAGAAAGAAAAAAAUUUAUCUGUGUACAGAAUGCUGCAUAAAUUUAAAUGUUUUUGAUGUUGUUGUAAAUUAUAUUUGUCCUUGGUAAUUGGAAGUCAUCUUUUCUAGAUACUGAAACCUUAAGCAAGUCGCAGGAACUCUUCAGGGAUGUCACUUCUGUACACUACUCUUCAAAACGACUUUUUUUAUCGCGAGUAAAUCUAAAGUCUCGCCUAAUUUUUAUUUUUCAUUGUGAUGCUCCAAUUAAUAAAUGACAAAUAUGUUAAAUAAUUUUAAGGGUAGACACAGAAGUAAGCUUGUCUAUAUUAUUUUUUAUUCCUUUAUUUUUAUUAAAAAAUAUUAAUAUUUUAAAGAGACUUUGGUUUGUAAUACCGACCUAUCUGGAAGAUAGGAGCGUCAAUUUUUUGAUCCCUAUACUUUUAAGAAUUUUAAUGAGCAGGUUGAGAAAAGCAAAUUCCUGGUAGGUCACUUGAUUUGAUUAAGACAUCAGAGUACUUCUUACUCGUUAUCUAACAUUUUAUAAAUUCAGUAUGUCCACAGUAUUUUUCGUAAAAUUUUCAUGGAAUAGCUCAUUUUGGUCCUUCUAAUCGUAUCUAGUGGCUCACUGCUCCAAUUUUCUUAAUUUUAUAGAAGAAAGUUUACUGACUAAAUUUGUUAUGUCCAUUCUUGUAAUGAUUUUUGAAAAUUCUCAUGUGUUAUGAUGUGAGAUGCUAGUAAAACUAAAAAUUGUGUGUCUCAAUGAGAAGAAAAAAGAAUGUAUAAAUUUUAUUGGAAAGUGGAUUGAUUUUGGUGUCGUAAUUAAAUUUGUAAGUAUAUAUAUAUAUAUAUACAAGAUAUCUGUUGUAAUAAUAUUGAAAAUGUUAAUACUGUACAUACUGAUAUUUAUGUUGCAUUUUUAUCUCUCAGUUAAAAUUUUAUCUCUUUAUCAGCAUUUUUGGUUUUAAUAUUGAAUUAUUUUUGGUACUUCACCCAGUAAUCAUUAUAAUUUUAGUUAUUCUUUAAAUUGUUGUGCACAGUAAUUACAUGUAAAGUUCAUUAGAUGUAUUCUUUUGAUGACCAGUUGAAUCUCAACUAAUUUAUAUGAGGUUAUUAUGGAGGUUGAUCCUUUUCUUACCGUCAUUGACGAUGUGAGACUUGAGAGACUUGGAAAGAAAAUCAAGGAACUCCAAAUGGAAGGAAGGUUUCAACUUGACACAGGUCUCAUUCUCUGAGACGCAGAUUGGUUUACAGACCGUUCCAGUCACUCUCUCAUUCAGUAAGGAAGUGUUUUUACUCGUGCACAUUUUAUCUCAUUUAUUUAUUCCACGAACCAAUGCAAAGUUGGUAUCGCUUCAACUCAUUGAGUGAUUUUUGUAAAUACUUUUCUACUGAUGAUUCCCCUAUCGGGUAGGAAUAGGACCCCUUUUCUUGUACAAUAGUGAAAUACUAAAUUUUUAGCCAUCUCUGGUAAUCAAGAUAAAUACGUAGCUUCUUUUCAAUGUGCAUUACUGUUGAUCACCAUCUUCAUUUUUUCCCCAUCGUUUGAUUUGGUUUAAGUGUAAGUCUUUGUUACAACACCGAUGUUACCAAAUUUUGACCUUCUCUCUCGUAUGUGGAAAUGUGUACAUUAAAGUAUUUAUUUUGUUGUGUCUAAUGUUUGUUGUAAUCUAGUUCUUACCCUCUUCUUUAUUGUGGUAUCCGUAAGUACUCCUAAUGUAAAUAUAAUAAUUGAUGCACAGA